CUCUUGGGGGAGUGAGGAGGUUUAUGAGGCACUGCUGGGCAGCGGGCUAGGCUCAGUGUGACUGUGAGGCGAGCCGCAGAGUGGCUAGUUAGGGAGUGGUUAGCGACAGCGUUUUGAGUUAGUACAUCCCCACCGCCAGCCGAGCCACCAUGGCUGAUCAACUGACAGAAGAGCAGAUUGCAGAAUUCAAAGAAGCCUUUUCACUAUUUGACAAGGAUGGUGAUGGUACUAUAACAACAAAGGAAUUGGGGACAGUGAUGAGGUCACUUGGUCAAAACCCAACAGAAGCUGAGUUACAGGAUAUGAUCAAUGAAGUAGAUGCUGAUGGCAAUGGCACAAUUGACUUUCCAGAAUUUCUGACAAUGAUGGCAAGAAAAAUGAAAGAUACAGACAGUGAAGAAGAAAUUAGAGAAGCAUUCCGUGUGUUUGAUAAGGAUGGAAAUGGAUAUAUUAGUGCUGCAGAACUUCGCCAUGUGAUGACAAAUCUUGGAGAGAAGCUAACAGAUGAAGAAGUUGAUGAAAUGAUUAGGGAAGCAGACAUUGAUGGUGAUGGUCAAGUAAACUAUGAAGAGUUUGUACAAAUGAUGACAGCAAAGUGAAGAUUGUACAGAAUGUGUUAAAUUUCUUGUACAAAAUUGUU